UUAAAUAAUGUAAUAGCGGGAAGAAUAAUUUACGCUGUAUAAGUUGUUGAAUGUGGAACCAAAAGCAACUCAAAGUGAAAUUGUAUUUGAAUUAGUUCUAAAUUGUAGAGAAAAUCAUAUAGACAAUUGGCUUUGCAAUUACAUCCAGAUAAGAAUCAAGAUGAUGCUAAUGCUAAGGAGAAGUUCUAAAAGAUAUCUGAGGCCUAUCAGAUUCUUUCGAAUGAAGAGAAACGAAAAAUGUAUGAUGAAACUGGAAUGAUUGAGGGGAUGGAUGAAUUUAAAAAUGCCUAUGAAUUCUAUCGUAAUUUAUAUCCGAAGAUCAGCAAGGAGGAUAUCGAUAAAUAUGAAUUGAAGUACAGGUUCAGUAAGGAGGAGGAAAAAGACUUGAUUGAGUUUUAUAAUAAGUAAGGGUUUGUGAGCAAUAUAUCUUGUUAGAAAUUCUGGGAAUGUGAAGUGCAUACUUGAGAAUAUAAUACUGAGCAAAAACGAGGACAUCCCUCGCUUUUUGGAAUUCUACGAUAGAAUGAUCAAACAAAAGAAGAUCACGGAUUAUAAAAUAUUUUAGACCAGCAGAAACAAGAUCAAAACCUUGAGAGAGGACCCGUAGGCACAAUAGAUUGACAUGGAUUCAUUGACUAAGUAGAUAAGACAGAGGCCCAAGAAUACAUUUGAUUAGUUUAUCUAAUAGAUGGAGUAGAAGUAUCAGAAACCAAAGAAGGUUAAGACUUAAUAAAAAUGAUUAAU